AUGGCCAAUGACAGCGGUGGGCCUGGCGGGCUGAGCCCGAGCGAGCGAGACCGGCAGUACUGCGAGCUCUGUGGGAAGAUGGAGAACCUGCUGCGCUGCAGCCGCUGCCGCAGCUCCUUCUACUGCAGCAAGGAGCACCAGCGCCAGGACUGGAAAAAGCACAAGCUUGUAUGCCAGGGCAGCGAGGGCGCCUCGGAACCCCGGGGCGCCCACGGCCACGCCGCGGCUUCCCACCAUCCGCAUCUUAACUCCGCGCGAUCAGCUGCUGCCAAGACGCCCAAGCCCAGCGGGGCUGGGGCGAAAGAGUUCAGGAAGGCAGCGCCGCGUCGGGACGCGACGGCCACAGAGGCUCCAGGCCGGCCGGCCUCUGGGGACACGACACCGGCCAAGGCAAAGCCCGAGCCCGCGGCGGCAUGCCCGCCUCACGCGGCCCCCAGCAGCCAAGGGCCUGCAGCGGCCGAGGCGGAGCCCGGGAAGGAGGAGCUGCUGGCCCGCUCGCAGCUGUAUCAGGAGAAGUCCAACAUGUACCCGCCGAGCAACACCCCCGGUGAGGGGCUGAGCCACGGCGGCAGCCUGCGGCCCAACGGGCAAACGAAGCCGCUGCCGGCGCUGAAGCUGGCACUGGAGUACAUCGUGCCGUGCAUGAACAAGCACGGCAUCUGUGUGGUGGACGACUUCCUGGGCAAGGAGACUGGUCAGCAAAUCGGCGAGGAGGUGCGAGCCCUGCACGACACGGGCAAGUUCACGGACGGGCAGCUGGUCAGCCAGAAGAGCGACUCAUCCAAGGACAUCCGUGGCGAUAAGAUCACCUGGAUCGAGGGCAAGGAGCCUGGCUGCGAAACCAUCGGGCUGCUUAUGAGCAGCAUGGACGACCUGAUCCGCCACUGUAACGGGAAGCUGGGCAACUACAAAAUCAACGGCCGAACGAAAGCCAUGGUUGCUUGUUAUCCAGGCAAUGGAACGGGUUAUGUGCGUCAUGUUGAUAAUCCAAAUGGAGAUGGAAGAUGUGUGACAUGUAUAUAUUAUCUUAAUAAAGACUGGGAUGCCAAGGUAAGUGGAGGUAUACUUCGAAUUUUUCCAGAAGGCAAAGCCCAGUUUGCUGACAUUGAACCCAAAUUUGAUAGACUGCUGUUUUUCUGGUCUGACCGUCGUAACCCUCAUGAAGUGCAACCAGCAUAUUCUACAAGGUACGCAAUCACUGUUUGGUAUUUUGAUGCAGAUGAGAGAGCACGAGCUAAAGUAAAGUAUCUAUCAGGUGAAAAAGGUGUGAGGGUCGAACUCAAUAAACCUUCUGAUUCAAUCAGUAAAUACGUUUUAUAGAGCAUUAGAUCCAGCAAUACCCCACUUCACUUACAGUAAUUGUUGACACUGUUUGUUAACUUGUGAAUACAAAUAAAUGGAAUAAAGAAAAAUAGACAACCGACUGGCAUUUUAAUAAGGAGAAAGAAAACUUUUUUGUGUUACAUCAAACAGAAGAUUUUGACUGCUGUGACUGACUCCAAAUCUCUGGUUGCUUAUGGGAAGAGUAUAAGCUAUCAAUUGAAAAUGAUAUUAACAUCUGGACAUGAAAUAAGUGCCCUGCGUAGAAUUUUUUUCAUCCUUAUAUUUGCCAGAUCUGACAUCUAGCUGAAUCCAUUUCAUCUCUCCCUUUUUUAUAUAGUCGAGUUUGAAUUUUGGGUAAUUUUUGUAUGAUCAGGUACAAUUUAUCAAAAAUGAAGAAAAUUGCAGAGUUAUUCCCCAAAAUAGCAUUGAUCUAUUUUUGUAAAUGUCUUCAUAUUAUUAAAUUUAGCC